AUGUACCACUCCACGGUGAUGCAACGGCCGCACGAGGACGAGGAUGACGGUGGUCGGCGCGAGAGAGAGAGGUUGAACAUCAACGGGGCGAGUAGCUCAAGCUCAAACAGUCGCCCCUACGACGCCGCUCGCUCUCCAACCCAAACCCAAACCCACGCUGAUCAUCAAUCGCAAUCCCAAUCUCACUCGCAACCUCCAUCGCGUUCUUCCUUCUCCCCAACCAACGGCACCCACCCGCGGCCUCAAUUCGCGAACAAUUCAUACCAUCCGCCAACGCCUGCUCCUGCUCCUGCUCCUGCUCCUCUGCAGAUGCCGAUGUCGAUGCCAGGCGCUUCUCACAUCCCUGGCCAUCCUACUUCGCCCAUGCCCUUGGCCUCGACGACGCCAUCAGCGACAUAUCACAACGAUUAUCAGCCCCAAGCCCAAACCCAACCCGCCGCACGCGACAAACCCGUCAGUAACUAUUACGAUCCGACUUCGGAUUCGGGCGAGAGACGGCCUUCGGAGGGCAACGUCCAGGCCCAGACACCCCAGAACCGAGACCCAUACACCUUCCCACCGCCCUCGGCGGAUGCACCGAAAUACUAUAACGGGUCACAUACAUCGCCGGUAUCCAGCACCUUCCCACCGCCAUCACCCAUCUCGCAUUCCCAUCCCCAAGGUCGGCCAGUAUCCCAAUCGCCGAGCGCGGCCGCGAUGGCCUCACCAGUCGCAAGGCAGAAUGGAGUGGCUAUGGCAGGGCCGUCGCUGAAGCAAGAGCCAGCUGUCCCUACAACGGUUCGCGUCUCUCACCCCAGACCUCCCAAAAUUUCCCACUUACGAGGUUCGCAGACUCCCAGUAGAACAGCAGAUCCAAUGUCAUUCUCGAGUAUUCUCUCGAGUGCCGAACCUCCCCCUAAGCCCACCCUGACCCCUACCGUCACGAAAGGUCGAAAGCCAUCAAAACAACCAUUGCCUCCACCUCCUGCCCCAGAAUCGAUGUCGCGAGAGAGCUCUCAGCAGUCAACGGCCCCUCCGGCACCCACCCCUAUCGCGUCUCGAAUACCCGCAAAGCGAAAGGCCAACGGCGAAGCCAAGAAAAAUUCUCCAAAGCCUAAAGUAUUGAAGGAGCAAGAAAAGGAGAUAGCUGCUCUGGCGGCCCAGCUUGAUGCAGAGGCUAGUGAUGCCGAUAUGCCUGAUUAUGAGGUGGACAAGAAGCUCUUCCAAGCACGGGGCCUAAAACGGAAGCUUGACGUGGAAAAGGCCGAGCUGGGUAAAGUCAAACAGCGGCGGAGGAAUUUCACGCAAGCGAUGGCCGGCAAGCUUACUCGACAUGCGCUUUUGGGCGAGCAGCGAUACAGAGAUAUCCACGCCGAUGCGGCCGUUACAGCUGUACAGGAGAAAGAAGUUCAGGCCGAGAAGGAGCGGAAGAAGGACAUGCAGAGGAAGCGUCGCCGGGAAAAGACCAUUACCACCAACAUGGAGCAGAAGCAGCUGGCACUGGCAAAGGCCCAGGAAGCGCGGGAUGAAGAAGAGAGACAGAAGUUCAUCCGCGAGGCGCUGAGAGCUGAGAAGAAGGCUCAACAGACCAAGCUCAUUCUCCAAAGGGGUGACAAGCGACUAGACAUGAAAGCUGGCUCGCCCCUCGAGCCCAACCUAUCUGGUGGCAUGAUGUCUACAUUCCCAACUGCAGACGCCGAAGCCCAACCGCCGAAAACGAAGUCGAAGCGCGGUGGUGCUCGAUUACGAAAAUCCAAAGAACAGAAGCAAGCCGAGAAGGAUUCCGCUGAAGCUGCCCAGGCUGCUAUCGACGCUGGGGAAGAGCCUCCACCACCUCCCCCAGUAAAAGACGAGCCUCCAACCAAGAUCAGACUCAAGGUUAAAGAACCAAAGGAACCUAAAGAGGAGCCCCCUGCCUUUGAGCCUUACGUUUCAAAGGGCUAUAACCAAAUAUAUGAUCAGAUAUGGCGGGAUCUUGCUCGGAAAGACGUCAACAAAGUCUACAAACUCGCAGCAGAAUCCUAUGCCACAAGAGUAUCGAAUUUGAAGAAGACUGCUAUCCUGGCCUCGAAAGAAGCCAAGCGUUGGCAACUCCGAACAAAUAAGGGCACCAAGGACCUCCAGGCUAGAGCAAAGCGUGUCAUGCGUGAGAUGAUGUCGUUCUGGAAAAGGAACGAACGUGAAGAACGCGACCUUCGACGAGCAGCUGAGAAGCAGGAGAUCGAGAAUGCCAAGAAAGCAGAGGCUGAUCGAGAAGCCAAUAGGCAGAAGAGGAAACUCAACUUUCUUAUCUCUCAGACCGAGCUAUACUCCCAUUUCAUUGGAAAGAAGAUCAAAACGGAUGAGGUCGAACGGUCAACGGAUCAUCCCGAUGUCGCUGCCGCUGCUGGAGCUACGCCUGGACACCCGAAAGGGCCGACUAUCGAUGUUUCCCAUGGCACCGUGGGUGCCAAGGUCACUAAUUUUGAGGAUCUGGAUUUCGACGCCGAGGACGAAUCUGCUCUGACAGCUGCUGCAAUGGCCAAUGCCCAGAACGCCAUCCAAGAGGCCCAAAACAAGGCCAGAGCAUUCAACAAACAAGAUGAGGGCCCGGAUAUGGACGAGGAAGGCGAGAUGAAUUUCCAAAACCCUGCAGGGAUGGGCGAUGUUGAUAUCGAACAACCCAAGAUGCUUCAGGCCCAACUCAAAGAGUACCAACUCAAGGGUCUCAAUUGGCUGGUCAACUUGUACGAGCAGGGCAUCAACGGUAUUUUGGCCGAUGAGAUGGGCUUGGGUAAGACUGUUCAGUCUAUCUCGGUCAUGGCCUAUCUUGCGGAAAAGCACGGGAUCUGGGGGCCUUUCCUCGUGGUUGCACCAGCUUCGACCCUUCACAAUUGGCAACAAGAGAUUGCUAAAUUCGUCCCAACUCUCAAGGUCUUGCCUUAUUGGGGCACAGCUGCGGAUCGAAAAGUUCUGCGAAAAUUUUGGGAUAGAAAGCACAUCACGUACACGCAAGAUGCUCCUUUCCAUGUCCUGGUCACAUCAUACCAACUCGUCGUCUCUGAUGUCAACUACUUCCAGAAGAUGAAGUGGCAGUAUAUGAUUCUUGACGAGGCACAGGCAAUCAAGAGCUCCCAAAGUUCGAGAUGGAAGAGUUUACUUGGGUUCCACUGCCGCAAUCGUCUGUUGCUUACCGGUACCCCGAUUCAAAACAAUAUGCAAGAGCUGUGGGCCCUCCUUCAUUUCAUCAUGCCAAGUUUGUUCGACUCUCAUGAUGAGUUCAGCGAGUGGUUCUCCAAGGAUAUCGAAAGUCAUGCUCAGAGUAACACGAAACUCAAUGAAGAUCAACUCAAGCGGCUACACAUGAUCCUGAAGCCGUUUAUGCUUCGUCGUGUCAAGAAGCAUGUUCAAAAGGAGCUUGGUGAUAAGAUCGAGCUUGAUAUCUUCUGCGACCUGACUUAUCGUCAACGGGCCUAUUACACGAACCUCCGUAACCAGAUUAGUAUUAUGGAUCUUAUCGAGAAGGCGACCGUUGGAGACGAUAAUGACACCGGCACGCUCAUGAAUUUGGUCAUGCAAUUCCGCAAAGUCUGCAAUCAUCCUGACCUUUUCCAGAGGGCUGAAACUACGUCGCCCUUCUCUUUUGGCUAUUUUGCCGAGACGGCAUCCUUCAUGCGCGAGGGCCCUAAUAUUAAUGUGGGCUACUCGACCAGGAACCUGAUUGAGUAUUGUUUGCCAAAGUUGAUCUGGAGAGAAGGUGGUAGACUCGAUUUGCCUGGAGACGACAAUGAGAAGGCAGGCUUCAAUAGCCGAUAUCUGGAACAAUUGAUGAAUGUCUGGAACCCCGAAAAUAUUCUCGAGAAUGCAGACGGGAACGGUGCUUUCUCUUGGCUGAAGUUUUCGGAUACAUCUGCAAAGGAAGUGUCCGCGGCGGGCCGCAAAAGCGUCUUUAAUCGUGCUGUAGAACUUGCCCAAAAACCCCGUCGACUUGACACCUUGAAUGUCAUUUAUGACGAGGAGGAGGAGAAGAACUUUACCCCGUCCCAUGCCAUGCUUCGCAUUGUCGAUCGCCAAGAGCGCAAGGCGCUUGCUGAGGUCACAAAUGAGGGCUACCUCAAUAAGCUUUUCAAUGUUGCCAAGACUUCCUGGGCGAACUCUGGAGUUGGCCGACUUGAGCAAUGUGGUCGACCUGCGGCUUCUGCACCUCCAAUCGAGGUCUUUUGCUCCAGUCCGGGGGCUAUCAUUGAGAAGGAAAAUCUCAUGUUCAACAUGCCUGUGCGAAGAGCGCUCUACGGUCCUUCGCCUGUAGAGGAGAAGGCUUUGGUCACGGCGAAGAUACCGCCAACCUUCUAUCCACCCACCAAGAUGCUCCCAGCGCCGACCUCCGAGAAGCAACGCUUCACCAAUAUUCUUGUGCCUUCGAUGCGACGCUUCGUCACUGAUUCCGGCAAACUGGCUAAGCUUGAUGAACUUCUGUUCAAACUUAAGGAAGGUGGUCACCGAGUAUUGCUCUAUUUCCAAAUGACGCGCAUGAUCGACUUGAUGGAAGAGUAUCUCACAUACCGCAACUACAAAUAUCUCCGUCUCGACGGUUCUACUAAGCUGGAAGAUCGAAGAGAUACGGUCCAUGAUUUCCAGACUAGACCUGAGAUUUUCAUAUUCCUGCUGAGUACGAGAGCUGGAGGUUUGGGAAUCAACUUGACCAGUGCAGACACUGUCAUCUUCUACGACUCCGACUGGAAUCCAACCAUUGAUUCUCAGGCUAUGGACAGAGCCCAUCGUCUCGGACAAACCAGGCAGGUUACUGUGUACCGUAUGAUUACUCGCGGUACAAUCGAAGAGCGUAUCAGGAAGCGUGCCCUCCAGAAGGAAGAGGUGCAAAAGGUUGUUAUGACCGGUGGUGCUGGUGUCGACUUCAACACGAGGAGCAAGGAGAACCGUACCAAGGAUAUCGCCAUGUGGCUCGUCGAUGAUGACGAGGCUGCUGAGAUUGAACGAAAAGAGGCCGAACUCGCUGCUCAAGAGGCUAAGGAGCCAGUAGUUGGCAAGAAAGGCAAAGGCAGAAAGCGUAAGGCAGAAACCGGAGGGAGCUUAGAGGAUUUGUAUCAUGAAGGGGAAGGUCAUUUUGACGACGGUUCCAAUAGACCAUCCGGAGCUGCGACUCCUAUCCCAGGGUCAGGCGACGCCGCUUUGGGAGCUAAGGGAAAGAAGCCCCGUAAAGCUGGCGGAAAGAAAGCCAAGACAGCGAAGCAAAGACUCGCGAUGGCCGAUGGGGAUGUGGACAUGGGCUAA